UGUCGGAGAGGAGACCGCAGCAGUGUGUGCGCUAUAGGGAGCAGAUAUCACUGAGAGAGAGAAAGUCAGUGGCUGUUUGAGAAUAGGCAUAAUUAGAAAAAGCUCAUGACAAAAUCCAUCGAUUACGUGCAUGGUACGGAUUAUGAUGUUUUAAAAUUGAUAUAUGCAUUUAGAGGAAUCUCCUCAUCACUUAAAUAGCACUCCACAUCAUUGGAAUGUGCACUGCUGCCAUAAACGGACGCGUCUGAAGUAGCCCAGAGCUUGUUGAUUUGGCAGUGAAGACAGGCUUUUGGGUGUAAUCAGACCUGCAUUAACCAUCACAAACAAGAUGGUCCACGGUAGACGGGACUACUAAAAGACCAAUUUUUUUCUCCCAAAAGCCUUAUACAUUUUGGGGACUUUCCUUGGACUAAUGGUAAUGGGAAUUGACGCGUUAAAUAAAAAAGGAUAAGAUUUUUUUCCAAAGUACACUUGUUCUUUGGCGAUGAUUGUGCUAUUCCUUCUUCUGUGUAUUACGAAUGGAGUGGUCUCGCAGAUACGCUACUCUGUGCCGGAGGAGGCGGAUCACGGCACCUUCGUGGGGAAUAUCGCCGAGGACCUUGGACUGGACAUGACCAAAAUCGCCUCGCGGCGCUUCCAGGUGGUGCCUAGCUCGCGGACGCCGUACCUAGAAGUGAACAUGGAGAACGGGAUUCUGUUCGUCAACGAAAGAAUUGACCGGGAGCAGAUCUGUAAGCAGAGUGCCAGCUGCCUAUUACACCUUGAAGUGUUUCUGGAGAACCCACUCGAGCUGUUCCGCGUGGAGAUAGAGGUCGUGGAUAUAAAUGACAAUCCGCCCAGCUUCCCCGAGACCGACAUCACCGUGGAGAUUUCAGAGAGCGCUACCCCCGGUACCCGGUUCCCUCUUGAGAGUGCAUUCGAUCCGGACGUGGGCUCCAAUGCGCUGCGCACAUACGACAUCACCACCAAUAACUACUUCUACCUGGAUGUGCAGACGCAGACCGACGGGAACAAAUUCGCAGAGCUGGUGCUGGAGAAGCCCCUGGACAGGGAGCAGCAGGCGGCCCACAGGUACGUGCUAACUGCGGUGGACGGGGGGCAGCCUCCACGGACAGGCACUGCUCUGCUGGUGGUCAAAGUGCUGGAUUCUAACGACAACGUGCCCGUGUUUGACCAGCCGGUGUAUUCGGUGAGCCUUCAGGAGAACGCACCGGUGGGGACCCUCGUUAUCCAACUGAACGCCACCGACUUGGACGAGGGGCAGAACGGGGAGAUAGUGUAUUCAUUCAGCAACCACAUAUCCAGCCGCGUCAAGGAUCUGUUCGCCAUAGAUGCGCGCACUGGACGCAUCGAGGUGUGCGGCGAGGUGGAUUUUGAGGAGAGCAGUUUAUAUCAAAUAUUCGUUCAGGCGAAAGAUCUUGGACCCAAUGCCGUGGCUGCACACUGUAAAGUCCUGGUGAAAGUGACAGACGUAAAUGACAAUGCUCCUGAGAUCACCUUUAGCACCGUGACUGAGUCGGUGAGCGAGAGGGCAGCCCCAGGAACCGUUAUAGCCCUGCUGAGCGUGACGGACAAAGAUGCCGAGGAAAACGGAAAGAUUCAUGUUGAAAUCCUCGGCGAUGUCCCGUUCAAACUCAAACCCUCCUUCAGGAACUAUUUCACCAUUGUAACAGACGGACCUCUAAAUAGGGAGAAUGCCGACUCUUAUUCAGUGACUGUAGUUGCCAAGGAUACAGGGACCCCUUCCCUCGCAACCAGUAAAUCAAUCAAAGUGCAAGUCUCGGAUGAAAAUGACAAUGCGCCAACGUUUACGCAGCCCAUAUAUGAUGUGUAUGUGACUGAAAACAAUGUGCCAGGUGCUUAUAUCCACGCUGUGACCGCUCUGGACCCAGACGUUGGACAGAACGCUCUCAUUAGUUACUCCAUAAUGGAUUGUGAUAUUCAGGGUAUGUCUGUGAAAACAUAUGUGUCAAUCAAUGAGGAAACGGGCUACCUUUACGCACUCAGAUCAUUCGAUUACGAGCAGCUUAAAGACUUCACUUUCAUGGUUAAGGCGAAAGAUGCAGGUAGCCCCGAGCUCUCCUCGAACGCCACGGUCAAAGUGAUCAUCGUAGACCAGAAUGACAACCCUCCCUCAGUCAUUGCUCCUCUGGGUAAAAAUGGCACUGCGAGAGAGCCGCUGCCCCGCUCCGCAGAGCCUGGCUACCUGGUGACCCGUAUCGUCGCCAUGGACGCAGAUGACGGCGAGAACGCACGGCUCUCCUACAGCAUCCAGAGGGGGAACGAGAACGGCAUGUUCCGUAUGGACUGGAGGACAGGAGAGCUGCGCACUGCCCGGCGCGUCUCAACCAAGCGGGACCCCAACCAGAUGUAUGACCUGUUGAUAGAGGUGAGGGACCACGGCCAGCCACCCCUCUCCUCCACCGCCAGUGUGUUCGUGGUGCUGGUGGACAGCGUGGUGGAGGACCACCGGGAGAGGGGCACCGCCAAGUCCAAGGAGACCACUCUGGACCUCACCCUCAUCCUCAUCAUCGCCCUGGGCUCUGUCUCCUUCAUCUUCCUCCUGGCUAUGAUCGUGCUGGCGGUGCGCUGCCAGAAGGACAAAAAGCUAAAUAUCUACACGUGCCUCACCAGUGAUUGUUGCCUCGGGUGCGCCACAUGCUGCAGCAGGCAUGCGCGAGCCCGCAAGAAAAAGCUCAGCAAGUCUGAUAUCAUGCUGGUGCAGAGCGCCAACGUCACCGGGGCCGGUACAGCCCAGGUGCCAGUGGAAGAGUCCGGGAGCUUCGGCUCUCACCACCAAAACCAGAACUAUUGCUACCAGGUAUGUCUGACUCCGGAGUCUGCCAAAACCGACCUCAUGUUCCUAAAGCCGUGUAGCCCAUCUAGGAGCACAGACACCGAACACAACCCGUGCGGGGCCAUAGUGACAGGGUACACUGACCAGCAACCUGACAUCAUAUCAAACGGCAGCAUUUUAUCAAGCGAGACCAAACAUCAGCGAGCGGAACUCAGUUACCUGGUGGACAGACCUCGGCGUGUGAACAGUUCGGCUUUCCAAGAAGCGGAUCUCGUUAGCUCGAAAGACAGUGGUCACGGUGACAGCGAACAGGGCGACAGUGACCAUGACGCCACCAAUCGAGGUCACUCUACCGGCGCUGAUCUCUUCUCUAACUGCACAGAGGAGUGCAAGGCUCUGGGCCACUCCGACCGCUGCUGGAUGCCCUCCUUCGUGCCCUCCGACGGGCGCCAGGCGGCAGACUACCGCAGCAACCUGCACGUGCCAGGCAUGGACUCCGUGCCCGACACUGAGGUAUUUGAAAGCCAAGAGCAAACGGGCGAUAAGUCAUUCUCCACCUUUGGCAAAGAGACGCCCCUCAGCCACCUCUACCAAAACCACUAUCAAAACCACCACAAAAACCACCUCCACCUCAGCCACCACCAUGCCACCCACGCCAACCACGCCGCGCUAGAGAGGAAAGAGUUUGAGGCGCUUCUGUCUAGCACGCGAGCGCCUUACAAACCCGCCUAUUUGAGUGAGUAUCCGAUUUGCACGGCAGCUCUGUAGCUAACCUGCCCUGCUCCACUCUCUCAACCAGCCGACCCUGAUCUGACCAUUGACUUGAACAAUACAAAAAAUAAAUAAUAAUACCAAUUCGCAUUGUUCCCCCAUUGGCUCGAAGUGCCAUGGAAUUCUUUCAAGUCCACUGACCCAUCUAAUUCACCCCCCCGUUGUCAGACUUGAACUAAUUCGCUCUCUUCCUCUUUCACACAUCCUCAUUAUCACUCUCUCUAUCUGUGGCGAUCUCAUCCUCCGUCUUCCAUAUCAAUGUCACUCCCUCCUUCCACCACCAGCAGCCCCAUCUAUGUGCCUUUCUGAAUUAAAUGUGCCAUGAUCAAUUCGAGUACAGUUUGGGAUCCAUAAGAGAGCUGUGACAUCGCUGAGACGUUGACGUGGUGUACAGCUCUGUCUCAUUAUGGGGAGAUGGAUGUGUUCGCGUACAAGCUGCUUCCCUCGUUCAGAAAGGGAAUGGGGAAAAAAGGAGUGUUUUUUAAUCUGUUUAAAAGAAUAGAGGCUAAGAGAUUACCCCCUCGUUCGUAUUCAUCUGAUGGUUUUAUUCUAGCUCCUAGGAUUAAAACCGUUUUAGAUAAUUGAGGAAAGCAGAUGGAAGAAGAGGCAUAUUUCCAUGAGGAAUUUCUGCUUCGAAACUCCCUUUUGAAAGGGCAGAAAGAGAAGCAUACUCAUCACUGCAAUUUGGUGAUAAUGCUUAAUUAUAAUUUUGUCAAGCGCCGCCUUAAGUGUUCCCCGUUUCUUUCAUCUCUCGACACAGCACGCUCAAAAUGUUGAAACUGCCGGAGUCACGCUGUCUCACCUACUACCGCAAUACACAGCACUGCCGGAGUCACGCUGUCUCACCUACUACCGCAAUACACAGCCGCGGCAUACGGCAAAAGGGAAAACAUUUGACAGUCAUACCAGCAUUUAUAUUUGUAUCAAAGCACUACCUCUGAUGAAUACAGAUGAGGUAGAGACUCCAUAAAGAUAAAGAUGGCACCUCCCUCUCUGUCUAAACCCCCUCCUCCUCCUCCUCCUCCUCUCUGUCUCACCGACUAAACAUGGUCGUAGAGUUAAUCACCACAAGACAUUCCUUGUUUAGAGGAUGUCUGUUAGGGGGGUCUGGUAAGGGGAUAACAGGUGGGCAUAGGGGGGAUAGUCUCAUGACACUAAGAGGCUGUGUCUUUCCCUAAUCUGAUAAAGUCAUCCGGACACACAGAGCCCCUUGUAGCCAGAGACGGCGGCCCAGGCAGGGCCCUGUGGCGGAUACCGGGUCGGUCAUUACCCUGAUCAAACAGAGAUGACAUAGAGCCGCUGCUAGCUUGGGGAUUGUUAAG